UGCACUGGGUGACUAUAGCAUUAUGUUCCCCCAUUUCUGGUGACUCAGGAUUAAAUAUUGGAGAAAAGUGGAAUAUUGGAACAUAUUAUUAAGAUAUCAUCUGAUCAACUUUCUAAAGUGAUAGAAACUCAAGAAGAAGAGGAGAGGGAGGAGCUGGAACCAGAAGAUGCCACGCUGGUCGAUACAUGUACCAUGAAGAGCAGAGGAGAUCUACACUAAAGCCAGACAGGAGAAAAUAGUUCACCUGGACACAUUUCACAGGUCACAUUGAGCCCAUGCGGUGGUCCUGUCUAGCCCUGCUGCUCUUGUCCUGCAGCCAGAUGUUUGCCCAACGCCCAGGUGACAUCUGCCCACAAAACACCAAUAACGAACAGGAUGUAGCACCCAACUCUGUACCAACUGUGGAUCCUAAACUCAUCAAUAAGAGAAGGUAUCGCUCACUCCGUGUUCUUUUCAGUGAGCAACCACCUGAUUCAGAACCCGCUGGGCAGCAAGAGACAAGGAGCAGGACGAAGAGGAAAGUGGGACAACCUCAACACCGUGGAGUUUACUCCGUUUGCGAGAGCGUUAGCCUUUGGGUUGGCAAUAAGACCAAAGCUACGGACAUCUCAGGCAAUGAGGUUACAGUCUUGCCAGAUGUAAACAUCAACAACGUUAAUAAAAAGCAGUACUUUUUUGAGACAACGUGCAGCAGUGGCCGGGCUGGUGGAUCGGGGUGUUUGGGAAUCGAUGCGCGGCAUUGGAACUCAUAUUGUACCAAUUCACACACGUUCGUGCGGGCAUUGACUUCAUUUAAGAACCUAGUGGCUUGGCGAUUAAUUCGGAUAAAUGUAGCCUGUGUGUGUGUGCUCAGCCGAAAAUCAUGGAGACAAUGACAAAACUAUAGUCUUCUUUAGUCUAAAACUAUGCCAAUAUCGGCCUUAUAAUAUUACACUUGAUCAUCCAAAAUAAUUUGUGUGAUACCGAACUGACAACUCAUCAACACACUAUUAUUGACAACUCAUGACAUAAAACAGACCAUCUAAGGAGGAAAUACUGUAUAUGAUGUGCUUUUUCUCAUUGAAAACUACAAUGGACUUGGCAAAUGUUUCUCUUUUCUUUAUGACUUUUCUGUUUUGGAAUACUUGUUAUACUCUGCAGCAAUAUGAGAACUUAUGGUGGUUUCUUGAUUGGACCACAGGUGUAUACAUUGUUGUUUGUUGUCAAUGUU